AUGUCUUUCCAAUACAGCAACGUUCAGUACACCGAAAUGGUAAGGACUUUGGCACAGUGUGGUGAUAAUGUGGCUCUAGCUUGCAGUACAUUCAACCAAAGGUAUGGUACAAGAAUAGACCGCAGGACUAUGUUAGCUGCUACUCAACGGCUUCGUGACCACGGAACGUUCCGUCCGAACACGGCCAUCGACAGGGGAGCCAAUGUUGCGUACACGUAG